AUGAAAUUAAUAAUGAGGAAAUAUCAAGAAUAGACAUAAAUAAGCAAAUCGCCUCGUCUCCAGGUCACAGAAUUCGGCAUCAAACAUCAACCACACUCUCAAUCUGGUCUUCUCGAUCCUCAAACCUGCCAACUUACAUAGUACUUCGUGUGUAUAAUCUUCAAGAUGUUCUCCCUUGUUGCACUCUCAUUGGCCGCUGCCGCGAACGGCAAUGCCAUCAACCGCCGUCAGUUGGAACCUGCUGCUACUUUUAGCUCUGCAACUCCAACAGUCAACGCUGAGGUCAUCUCGACCGACGUCGCUGCACUUGAGAACUCUACCACGGACUACUAUAUUGGAUUCCAAGGAGCCGAUUUUGACCUGCCUUAUGCCAAGUAUUACAACCCUAACGUUGCGCCGAUCUCCGAUGCUUUGGUUAACGGCCUGGCUGGCAGCCCGUGGCCCAGCGCUUUCACCUACUCCGCUUGGGAAGCCCACAAGUAUCUUGAGCAACCUGGAUACCUUCAGCUUGAGAACGGUUGGGCUAUUAGCGCCAAUGGGACGCUCAUGAUCACCGUCCGCAGCGAAAUUCCAGAGGUGACCGGAGACCAGUAUGAUUGGUGGUUUGGCUGGCACUCGGUUGAGACCCAGCGCUACAAGUUGUGGAACCCCAUCGCUCACCAGUACUCCUACCGUACGCCAUAUAGUGAGAACUGGACCAAUGAGACUUAUGCUGAACGCUACAUUGGAGCCACUUCAUACAUUGAUGAAUACGUCGGUAACGAUGCUGCUAAGCUGAGCAUUGAGUUCGUAGAGCCUGAGUCGAUGGGUUUCAAUACGACUGCUUGGCCAGAUUUGGGUAUUGAGACGAUUGUCAUUGGCAAGGUUUUGAUUGGAGACUAUUCCGUGGAGGAAUUCGAUGGCAUUUCAUACCUGAUGCACCAAGUCCGCCGUAUGCCUAAUGGUUACCGCGAGCUCCGUUCGCGCUUCUUCAUUGACUCAAACAACCACGGAAAUUCUCAACUGGGCCAUGAUCUUGCUGUUCACUGUAACAUUGAAAUGACACACCUAGGAAGGUUCCUUCCCGCCAUCUUUGAGGAGUUCAAGGACAUCAAAUAAAACACAUUUGAGUACUGUAUGGUUGACAGGCUGUUCAAAGUGGCUCUUUUUCGGAGUAAGCAUAACAGGACUGUUUGCUACAGCGAAGUCAUUGCUUUGAAAUGUCUGUUCUAUAGCAGCAAACUUGGGCGAGGCACGGAAACUGGCACAUGAUAAAGAGCCAGUGACUGAUACCCCUGUUCAACCAGAAGUUUAAGAACCUCACCUCUCUGCUCCCUAUGUAAAUAUCUUUAGAAAACUAAUAAAAUUAUCAUGUAGUAAAA